UUUUCAUAUUAUUAUUUUCUUUCGAACAUUUCGUCGUGUCAUUUUAUUGGAAAUCAAUUUACUCGAAACGUUUUGGCAAAUAAUUCCAAUCCAGUUACAUCAUUACUAGUUUGGAACGCAUUUCCAGAUGUCUGUUGCUUUUGCCAUAACAACGACCCUCUUCAUACUUGUCUUAGUGGAUAUCGUGGGAAAUUCUCUCGUUUGUGUCAUAAUAUGGAAAAAUAGAAAUCUCAGGACACCCAUAAAUGUCCUGAUUUUCAAUCUUGCUGUGGCAGAUGCCCUCUUCGCGGCGUUUAUUUCACCCAAACUUAUUGUAGGUGCCAAUUUAAGGCACCCAGAGGGUUGGAUUAGUUCAAUUUUGUGCACAUUCAUAACUGGUGGAGGCUUUGGAUGGGUUGCAGCAGCCUGUUCCAUUUAUACUCUGGUUGCAAUCGCUGUGGAAAGAUAUUAUGCAGUAUUUGAUCCGCGUGGAAAAAGAUGGAAACUCACCAAUCGUAAACUGAAGGUUAUAAUAACCAUCGCCUGGCUUAUUGGGGUGACAAGCAACAUUCCAACUUUCAUUCACCUGAAGGUCACCAACGGCUUAUGCUAUGAAACGUGGCCCGACGAUUGGAAGAUCAGGACUUAUAAUAUAUUUCUUACAACACAAGUAUGUGUUGCCUUGUCAGUGAUGGUCACGCUGUACUCGAGGGUCGUUUUUGCCCUGUGGUUUAAACGAAAUAGUACUAAUGCAGUGACACCUCAGCAAAAAGGUAUAAUGGGGGUUCGCAAGCGAGUGACCAUAAUGGCUGUGGUUGUCAGCACCAUUUUUGGAAUUUGUCAUGGCUCCAUCCAGUUCUUUUACACCUUGCACUUAUUCACUUCUUAUCAGAUGAGUUACGCAGUGUAUGCUUUUUCCAACCUGAUGAUAUUGUUCAAUUCUGCAGUCAACCCUUUCGUAUAUGCCUUACUCAAUCACAAUUUCAGAGAGAAAGUGAAAGCAAUUCUCCGCUGCUCCAAGGUAAAGGUUGAUGUGACGAGACGUACGAGGAACGAUGUCAACACAAGCGAGUAGUAAACAAUCGUGAUUCUUCCUAUAAAUUUGACAACAUUUGUAACAUAGAAAUAAAAUAAUAAGCUGAAUUUUUCUGAUUCUGCAGUGAACUCACGCCCUCUGAAGAUUUCUGAAACUUUUCCUGUUUUUGGAAGUCGCCAGUCAAUAAAUAAAUUAACAGAAGCCAUUUUAACAAAGAGUUUUACGAACAGCAAACAAAGCCACUUCGUGUCAUAAAGUUCAUGAGGUUAUAUUUAAGUCUGAAUACAAGCUCUGUAAUAAAAGAGAAGUGCAACUUAAA